AUGGAUCAACUUCUGGAUGCGUUCUGCAAAUGUCACCCUCCAAUCUUUCAUGGGGAAGUGAACCCUAGCACUGCAGCAGCAUGGAUCAAACAAAUCUCCAAGUACCUAGAAGUACUUAAUGCGACCAAUGUGGGGGAUCGCAUUGCCUUAGCAAUAUUUCAGAUGCAAGGGGAAGCAGAUCAUUGGUGGGACUUGAUCAAGACCACUCACAAUUUGACAACUAUGACCUGGCAGAUGUUCGAAAACCUUUUCCCAGAAAAAUACUUCCCAGCACCUAUGAAACAAGCCAUGGCCCAGGAAUUUAUGGACUUGAAGCAGCGUACCUUGACAAUAACCCAAUAUACUGCCCGUUUUGAAGAACUGGCACGUCAUGCUACUACUGUGGUACCCACUGAUGUUACAAAAGCUAUGAAGUUUGAAUGGGGUUUGUCCCACUCUAUUCGUACUAGUGUGGAUGCCAGGUCCACAAAAAGUAGAUCCGAGGAGCAAUUAAGCUCAGUAGUUAACUCCUACCCCUAUGUCCCUUACACUAACAAAAAUAGUAUAUAA